AUGUACUACUCUCGUCCUCCUUUCCCUCAUGAAUCAUAUGUGGUUCAUGAAAGUUCAAGAAGAGAGAGUAUUGGAGCUUCUACCAUGCACCAAGACUCUCCAAUUUCAGGAGCGACUAUUGAUAUUGAUGAACAAGAAGAGGUUGUAGAAGUUCAGAAGAACACUGGUGGCGGAGGAAGAGGCAAUAAUGGUAGAGGAACUGAUCAGUCGUACGGGGAUUUAUGGGAGAAAAUUGUUCAAUACUACAACCAGUGGAGAACAGAAGGUCCCGAGGUUGAUGUUGAAAAAGCCUCAAAUCAUUGGUACAAAAUGAGUGCCGAGGUUUCAAAGUUCAAUGGGUGCUACAUUCAAGUUAAGGAUACACAUCCUAGUGGCCAUGAUGAAGAUCAAGUAAUCGAGAUGGCCAUCAAACUUUGGAAGAAUCGCAACCCAACUGAUAGAAAUUUUCCUUACCUACAUAGUUGGAAAAUUCUUCGAGAUCAACAAAAAUGGAAAGAGUUUGUUACUAAAGAAGGUAGUAAGUCAAAGAGAACAAAAAAUACUGUCUCGGGCGCUUACACUUCAUCAAGUUCAAACGCGGAUGCAAGUGACACUAACAGCGUAACAAUGAUGGAUGAGCGUCCUCCGGGUCAAAAGGCAGCUAAAGCAGCAGCAAAGGGUAAGGGGAAGUCGACGAGCAAGAAGGUUACUGAGGAUGCUACUCAAACAUGGAAUAAGUUUGAAGAGUUACGGGAGAAAAAAGGGCCAUGUACCAGGAGCAAAUGCACAACAGCUAUUCGCAUGCUUGCAUAUGGAUCCUCAGCUGAUAUACUUGAUGAAUAUAUACAAAUCGGCGAAAGUAAUACAAUUGAAUGUUUAAAUAAAUUUUGUAAAACUAUCAUCGAUGUAUUUGGCGAGGUGUACAUGAGAAGGCCUAAUGCUGAUGAUGUUCAACGACUGCUUCAAAUGCACGAAGAUUGUCAUGGCUUUCUAGGCAUGCUUGGAAGCCUUGAUUGUAUGCAUUGGGCCUGGAAAAAUUGUCCAGUAGCAUGGAAAGGCCAAUAUACACGAGGUGAUCAUGGUCAUCCCACAAUCAUGCUUGAAGCAGUUGCGUCGGUGGAUCUCUGGAUAUGGCAUGCAUAUUUUGGUGUGGCUGGGUCCAACAAUGACCUUAAUGUAUUGAGUAGAUCAAACUUAUUUCAAGAUGAAUUACAAGGUAGAGCUCCAGAAGUUUAUUUUAAUGUUAAUGGUACUACAUACACCAUGGGUUACUACCUUACAGAUGGUAUAUAUCCUGAAUGGGCUGCAUUUGUUAAGAGCUUCUCACAUCCUCAAGAUCCUAAAAGACUUUGUUUCAAAAAAAACAUGAGAGUGCAAGAAAAGAUGUCGAGAGAGCAUUUGGAGUACUCCAAGCUCGUUUUGCAAUAG